GCUGGCUGCCAUCCAGAAGACUGUAGGAAUCUGUCUCGUACUGCAAGAAGUUCCCAAAGAUGGCGGCCAACCAGAACAGCACCCCAUUCUUCCUGCCAAGCGGCAGUGCACAAGGUCUGGCAAAUUACCCACAUGCACGGAUUGUUGAACCAGCAACAAGAACAAUCUACGUGUCUGGAACCUCCUCAAGACGCGGGGAUGGCACCUGGGAAGGCGUGAAAGAGAGCGCCGAUGGAAGUCUUUCUCUUGAUGUCAAGGAACAAACCGCUGCAGUGCUCCGCAAUAUUGACACCAUCAUCAAAGGCAGUACGGAAGGCAAAGGAAGCAUCGCAGAUGUCGUCGAUGCCACAGUCUUUCUGGUCAACAUGAAAGAUGACUAUGCGGGUAUGAAUGCCGAAUGGAACAAGAUUUGGCCCGAUCGAGCAAACGCGCCGGCAAGGACGACUGUGGAAGUUAGAGCUCUACCCAAUCCGAGGUUGCUGGUGGAGAUCAAAUGCACAGCGGUAGUGGAGGCAUGAUUCCGCGUAGCUCAUCAGAAGACUGAGUCCUAGCUGAUGCUGCGAAGAAUGUCUUACGAUACAAGCUGUAGGGGGAUGAAUCUUUGGAAAACGUGAAGCCAAACAGGGCUGUACCUUUGACUGCUGCGCGGCUUGCGGCUUGUCCAAUGAAUCAGCAUGCAGAACGAGAGGUCGAAAUUACGCAAAACUCAUCCCUUCGUCAAACCAGAAAUCCUCAGAGGCACAUUCUCACAAUGCGAAGCUACUACUAUCUCUCACCGAAUGCUGGGCUAAUCAGUAGCCAGGAACGAUCAGGCGAUCUGAACGCACGACUCAGCCAGCAAAAGAAUGAUCACGCUGUGACACUUCCAAGGCAUGCCGCCAAGACUCUAUUGUUUGACCAGAAGAUGAGCUCAAAAUCUUGGUCAAGGGAUGCUGGACAAAUCAACAGCUGUGACAGAGUCAA